AUGACGAGCACGCUGCGUGCCCGGCUGGUGCCUACACAUCGCGCACUUUUUCUUCUCCAACAAUCCCGCGCACGCCAAGGGCCGCUCGAGACUGCGCUGAAAGUGAGCAUCGCAACAGCAGCAUUGUCCAUCCUUCAGAAUGACCACAUGGUCAAUGUGGCGGGCGCGUCACCCGUGGGAGAGUGGGAUCUCUGUGCCGACCUCACUUCCCUCCGGCUGGGCCCACGGAACCGACACGCGAUGCUCAUGGGAAACUUUCGCGAGAAGAAUGGAGAGCCCGUCCCAUUAUGUCCACGCACGCUUCUGGAAGACACUAUGCGUCGUGCGUCGCAGCGUGGCCUCUCCGUCCUCCUAGGCUUUGAGAUUGAGUUUGUGCUUCUCGAGCGCAAGGGUCCGCGACAGUACGACAGGCUUUCGUCGGAUGCCCAUGCUUGGUGUUCCUUUGGUGCUACAGAUACCCAAGAUUCUGCCGGUGCCGUCAUUGAAGAAGCGGUCGCCUCGUUGGCACGAGCUGGUGUGUUGGUUGAGCUAGUCCAUGCCGAGAGUGCUUUUGGGCAGUUUGAGAUCGUUCUACCCCCAAAACCGGCGCUUGCGGCUGUCGAUACCCUCAUCUACGCGCGAGCCAUUCUUUCGACAACCGCCACUGCCCAUGGAUACAAGAUGACACUGCAUCCCAAGCCAUUCCCAGAUACAGCGGGCACGGCAGCGCACGCGCACAUGUCGCUCAAGGGGGUGGAUGGGAAGCAAGCCAAUGAUGCCCAAGUCUAUGAGCCUUUCUACGCAGGUAUACUGAGCCACCUGCAAAGUAUCAUGGCCUUUACCUGCGCCAGCCCAAGCAGCUAUGCCAGAGUUGUGGAUGGCUGCUGGGCGGGCGGCACCUGGGUGACGUGGGGAUGCCAUAACCGCGAGACCCCCUUGCGCAAGGUGGACGGGAGUCAUUGGGAGGUUCGAUGCAUGGACGGGCUGGCGAACCCAUAUCUGGCAAUGGCCGCGAUCAUAGCCUCGGGUAUCGAUGGUAUCGUCUCCAAGACACCAAUGACCUGGAGGGAGUGCACGGAUGAUCCAGCGGUUUUGUCCGAGGCGCAGAGGUCCAAGUUGAAUAUCCGCGAGCGACUUCCCACGACGCUAGAGGGGGCUCUCUUCUCAUUGGAGGGGGACGAAGAGCUUGCCAACUCUAUGUUGGGCCAGGCGGUGGUGAAGCGUUAUGUUGCUAUCAAGAAAGGCGAGAUUGAGAUGCUGGAGGGCAUGAAGCCUGGUGAGCAGCGCCAAUGGAUCAUCGAGAGGUAUUGA